UUUCUAAUUUAUCAUUUUUAAUUAGGUUUUAGCUAAGUCAUUAAUUUAUUAUUAGUUUUUAGCUGAGUUAUUAAUUUAUUAAUUUAAAUAAUAUAACUAUUUCAAGCUUUGUAAUUAGAUACAUAAUUUUUUAAAAAUAAAUUGUAACUUUGACGAGUUAGGAGCAAUUCUUAUUAUUCUGUUUUAAAAACAUAUUUGUUACUGGAUAAUAUUAAUUCAUAUUUGUUAAUGGAGGAUGUGGAAUAUAAUAUUUCUUUUAUUAUAGUUUAUAGUUUAGUGAUAGUAUAGAUAAUGUGUAAGUGAUAUAUAGUUAUUUUAGUCUAUGUCGUAUUAUAGUUAUAGUAGUAUGUAAAUGCUAAUACAGAGAAUUAUGAUGCCGACUUUAUCUUAGUAUCCAUCUUAAUAAUGUAUUAUAAUAAUUCGCUGACUCUAUGCUAUGAUAGUAUAUAUUUUCAUCAUAUGCCAAAACGAACCGGAGUUUCUAGUUCUAGUGGUAAAGGGCUUACAGCUGUGAGUACCGCCACCUGGGUUCGAAUUUCGGCCACUGGAGAAUUAACAUUUCGGCUUCGCCAGGGACAGAGGACCGACAAGUGGCAACACGUGACUAGUCUGGAUCACUUUUCUGGGGCCAGGAUACCUCUGUAUAAUUCAAAAAAAAAAAAGAAAUACACAUAAAACUUCAUUUUUAAAUAAUAUGAAACACUUUCAAAUGUUGUCUUUUUGAAAAAGAAGCAUGUUUCACUUUUUCUUAUUAGUCGACUAAAGAUUGUAUAAAAUUAGAGUAAAGGUAUUGAUAUUUUAGAAUCAUGAAAAAAAUAAAAUUUGUUUCAAAUGAAUUGGUGUUGGUCGUUACUGUUGUAAAUAUAUUAAUUUCUUUCAUUAUUGAUUCACAUUAAUUAUAUGAUUUGGUUUUAGUCACUUAUUUUGAAAUUUAAUUUGUAGGAACUAGGACUCAUGCUUCUGUUGAUAAAUGUUAUUUUGGAAACUUUGGUAAUUUCCGAUCUAAGUUAUCUCAAGAGAAUUCUUUUAUUCUACAUAGUUUCACCUUCAGUGAUUAUACCAUAAAAUAUAGAACGACUCCUCUGCUUUUUAAGAUAUAUUUCUAUAGAAUAACCAAAAUCUUACUUGUGAUGAUUUUCCAAAAGAAGUAAGAAAUAAUUAUUUCAAGGAAUUUAAAUAAAUAUUGGGACGUCAAUAGCAUUUUCAGUCAGUGAAAUUUCUAUAUCAUAUUUUGUUUGUAUUGAUGUUUCAUAUUUGUAGUAUGUUUGUUCAUGAGUUCUUCUUUCUAAUGUUUUAUGUUUUAUAUAUUAUUGAAACUUUUUUUGAAUGUUGAACCUUAAAGAUAUCUUAUUGCAAAGGAAGAUCUUUAACUAAGUUAGAAUUAACUAUUCUUGACACAAUGCAAAAUUUUAUUCAGAGUUUAAUUUAAUUUAAUUUUUUUUUAAAUUUGGAUUUAAUUUCCAGAUAGAAUAAUAUGUAUAAAAAAUAAGAAAAAAAAUUCCACACAACAAGCAAUUGAAAUUUGGUUAAAAGACCGAAAACACACAAAAAUUAGUAUUUAUAUCUAAUUAAAGACAUUAGGAUAAAUAUACAAAUAAUAUUAAAAUAAAAUUAUUAAGAAUAUACAUCAGCUCGUAUAAGAAUAAACUGGGUGCGAGCCCACACCUAUUUUUUAAUAUUAUGAUCAGCUUUUAUAAAAAUGAAUCUUAGUUGAAUGAAUAAUCUAUUUAAGAUUGAUGGCAACAAAAUGAAUUUAUUUAAACUAUGUACGUGCAGGACGAAGGGCCCAUAAGUAUUAAAAUGGGCCGAUAUUGAGGCCCAUAAUUUCAUCCGACAAGACGUGGAAAUAAUCUCUGCCGGGAGAAGAUUCCACAAGACGAUUCCCGCUCUUUCUUGUCGAUCGAGGCGCCAAAAACCAAAAUCGAUCGUCUUUUUAGAUUCCAUUUCGAAGAGCACGGGAUUCCAAUUUCACCUGAGGCAGCAAAUCGAAUUGAGAGAGAUAAUGUUUGGGAGGCUGAGACCGCCGCCAUCUUCGCCGGACAGUCUAGAGAGAUAUCCAGCGAAGAUCAUUAAAGACGAUCCUCUCUCAGUCUACGAGUCAACACUGCUUAAGCUUAAGCAAGGCUCAAGACUGGACACUGUUGGUCCUUCUCCAGUAACAGAGCUUGAGAAUCCGCCUUCAUCUUCAGAUACACAGAGAGAAGCUCAUGAUGAUGUGUCUCUGUGCAAUGGCUCUGAUGAUGCAAUAAUGGGUAUAAAGAAGAAUCCGUCAGUGCUAUCUAUGUUUUGCAGGUACAAGAAUCAAGCUCAGGCACGAAACUUGUCUCACACAACGACAGAGACUGAGAGUGCUUUGUAAUGCGACCAAAUCUGAUCUUCAUGUAGUUGCCCAAGAUUGCCAAGACAGAAAUAUAAUUGUGCUGAGUUUAUUGAUGUAAAAAUGUAACUAGACGAUUCUGUUUGGAAGGUGUCUAAAGAUACUAUGCAUUUUUCUGUUUGUGUGCAAUUAUAUAAUUGUUGGUUAAAUUUCUA